ACAUAUAUAGACAUACAGACUCCGCGGUCUGUACAACAGCAGAGCACUAGGAAAUACUCAGACUAAUGGCGUCUUCACAACGCGUCCGACCGACCAGCUGAUUCUUGUAUCUGCCUGCAAAACUACAUGAAGACAUAAGCUCUGCGGCAGGCAUCAUGACCACAGCUAGGUACCGACCCACCUGGGAUUUGGCCCUGGACCCGCUGGUGUCCUGUAAGCUGUGUCUGGGAGAGUUUCCCUUGGAGCAAAUGACCACCAUCACCCAGUGCCAAUGCGUCUUCUGCACCCUGUGCCUGAAGCAGUAUGUGGAACUUCUCAUCAAAGAGGGCUUUGAAACAGCCAUCAGCUGUCCAGACUCAGCCUGUCCAAAACGUGGACAUUUACAAGAAAAUGAGAUUGAAUGCAUGGUGGCUACAGAGAUAAUGCAGAGGUACAGGAAGCUGCAGUUUGAGAAGGAGGUGUUGCUGGAUCCGAGCCGGACCUGGUGCCCGUCCUCCACGUGCCAGGCCGUGUGCCAGCUGAAGGAGUCUGACACGGCGCUUCCGCAGUUGGUGCGGUGCAACGUUUGCACACUUGAGUUCUGUUCUGCCUGCAAGGCCAGCUGGCACCCGGACCAAGACUGCCAAGAGAACGUUCCCAUCACAGCGUUUCUACCCGGAGAAAGCAGUUCGUUCUUUAAGGCCGACGAUGACGACGCCCCCAUCAAGCGCUGUCCUAAAUGUAAAGUCUACAUAGAAAGAGACGAGGGCUGUGCCCAGAUGAUGUGUAAGAACUGCAAGCACGCUUUCUGCUGGUACUGCCUGGAGUCUCUGGAUGACGACUUCCUCCUGAUCCAUUAUGACAAAGGACCCUGCCGGAACAAAUUAGGCCACUCCAGAGCCUCCGUGAUCUGGCACAGAACGCAGGUUGUGGGAAUCUUUGCCGGUUUCGGCCUUCUCUUACUGGUAGCCUCUCCGUUCCUGCUGCUAGCCACACCGUUCGUGCUGUGCUGCAAGUGCAAGUGCAGUAAAGGCGACGACGACCCUUUACCCACCUAACAGCCCGGCGUGAGCAGCGUACGAGGAAUUCCGGUCAUCUCCUUUAAUCGUUUUUCUUUUCCUCCUCCGCCUUCGAGCUCUUCAUCAACCGGUGGGACUUGCGCAUUUGAAGCCGCAACGCGAGCCAUCUCACGCCACGGUUACUGUCACAGCUAGCUGAGUAGGCUCCAUCCCGGCAGGCCUGACGAGACUAACGCAGACUUCACGAGCCUGCUGCUUGCUUAGGUGGAGGAUUCGAGAGCUGGGGGUUCCCGCCGCAGUAACAAAAGAGACGUUACUGAAGGAGCACAGCGCUGUUCCAUCCCGGCGCUUGUCUAAUUUGUGGAUGUUUCGCAUACGUGGCUGUUCUGGAGGAUUCUGUUCUAAUAGAACAUGUAUUCAGUGUGUUUAUGUCGAGUUUCUAUGUGCAUAGUAGCGUUUCAGUCACACGGCCUAUUCUUUGUUACUUGUUUUGCACAGAUAAGGGGCUCCUUGUCAAUGCUCUAGAGUGAGUAGAUUUCAGUUUUGGCUCAAGUGUAUAGCUCAAAUGCUAGUUUAAAUGUUUAUUAACAGCUACAUUUUGCAUUCAGAAAUUUUAAUGGCACUUUUUUUUGUUUUUCAUGUCAAGUCUUUCUGUCUGAAACUAUUGACAAACCUAGUUUGAUUUGGCAGAUUUUGGCUGUUGAUGUCAUCAGGAGAUGAUAUUUGCCAUUGAAAUUUCUCUCGGUGCACUUAAGCGUAGUUUUUAGCAUUGAGAUCGAGUCACUGAACUUCAUGGAUUUAAAGCUUAAAUAUGAUUCCAAAGCAGGGCUGUUCUGUGAGUUUACAAUGCCAAAUAUUGACCUACUGAAAGUGUCACACGAACGACGCUUAAACGUUAUCUGAACACCCGACAUUUAAAUGAGACCUGUAAAAAUAAAGAAACCAAAUAAAACAUUUUAAUUUAUUAUUAUUUAUUUUU